AUGAGGGUACAGUGCGGUGUGCUGACACUGCUCAGUCUGGUGUGUGGCGCCGAGGCGUCCAGGUGUUCGCCGACCUCUUAUUAUAAGAACUGCUGGAUCCGCCGCUUCCCGGGUGUCUUUAUCGACGUGGAGGAGUCCCAGAGGCGAGGCGCGCAGCUGCUGCAGAACUACCAGGAGGACUCCGCUCUCAAGUGCAGCCGCACCUGCUGCCUCACCAGGAACUUUUCCUGCAAUCUGGCAAUAUUUCAGUAUGACACCGUUCAAGAGAACGCAAACUGUUACCACCUGCACUGCCCGACACUGGAAAGCUGCAUACUUACCCAUAGAGGCAACGUGGUGCUCUACAACAUCACCAAGGGUGUUGACCCUGACCUGUUGGUAUUUGGGAAAUAUUUCACCUCAAAUGUGCGUGUUUUACCGCACCUCUACACACGAAUCAACGCCUCGGAGCCGCUGGCCUCGGACAAGCGGCAGUUUAACCGCCCCCCCCGUCAACCGUCCAAGCCUGUGACCCCCGCCAUGCCUGUGAACCCCGACUCGAGCAGAAGAACAGACACACCGGCAGCCGUGUCCGAUUCAUCACAAGCUACCUCCAUGACUUCCGCCGCUACACCCUCGGCUGCUCCCCUGGCUAACGCGGAGAGCGGCAACCAGUACACCGCGGGGAACAAAACGAUGGGAGGCCCCGUCGGCCGGAACCUAACGGCGGUGGGGAACGGCGAGGGGGGUCCGUGGACCAACGGAGCCGAGGGCGACGGUGAGGGGACGGAGUGGCACGUUGCGGCUCACACCCUGCUGGUGAUGGGGGCCACGUGCGUGACGGUGCUGCUCAGCUGUUGCUGCACCGUGCUGGCGGUGGUCAGCUGGCGGGGCCGUCGGAAGAGAAAGGGACGCUACCGGACCACCUGGAGGGGGAAAGGGGAGUCCAUGCGUCUGAUUAAGUACGUGCUCAUCAGAGAGGGUUCUUGA